AUGGAAGAAAAGCAGGUCACCACCACGGAUGAGAAGCAGGUUCUCGAGGCCGCCGCGACUGCGAGCGCGGUGCGCCCCUUCUCCGAAAGCCAGCCAACAAUUGAGGAUACGGCCAACCUCAAGAGCGAUGGUUCUGAUGAAGAAGAGGAGGAGGAUCUUUACCGCCCUCUGAUCAUGGACCCGUCGAUUCCUCAUGAAGAGAACCCGCUCACAGUGCGUGCGGUCGUCGUCGGUUGCAUUCUCGGUUCCCUGGUCUGCGCUUCCAACCUCUAUCUCGGUCUCAAGACGGGUUUCACCUUCAGCGCCAACAUGUUUGGUGCCAUCUUCGGUUAUGGCGUCCUCAAGUUGCUGACCAGAUCCGCUGGUCACCUCCCCGUUCUCGGUGGCUUGUUCGGCCCCCAGGAGAACUCGAUUGUGCAAGCUGCGGCCACCGGUGCUGGUGGCACUGGUGGUAUCUUUGUUGCUGGUAUCCCCGCCAUGUACCGCCUCGGCGUGAUGGGUGAGGGUCACUCGCCCCGUGACGACAUUGGCGCAAUCUUCACCAUCACGCUCGUCACCUCCUUCAUCGGCAUCUUCUACGUGACGCCGCUCCGCCGGUUUUUCAUCAUCCAGGUGGCUCGUGAGCUCAAGCUCAUGUUCCCCACACCUACCGCCGUCGCCCUGACGAUUCGCUCCAUGCACGCCGGUGCCGCUGGCAGCGUAGAUGCCAUCAAGAAGCUCAAGUGCCUUGCGAUCUGCUUCAUUGGCGCCCUCGUCCACCGCGUCGGCUCCUACUACGCGGUCGGCAUCCUCUACGACUGGCACGUCUUCACCUGGAUUCACAUCUGGAGCGGCUACACCAGUUGGGCCAUGAACAUUGAGUCGUGGGGUUGGUACAUGGAGUGGACUCCGGCCUUCAUUGGGUCCGGUAUCCUGAUCGGUCUGAACCCCGCCAUCUCCAUGUUUGCCGGUUCCGUGAUCGCCUGGGCCAUCAUUGGCCCUGCUCUGGUCCACUACGGCGAGUGCAUCGGCAUCGAUGUGAGCGGCGGUGACCCGAAGUGGAACGGCUACUACACCUUUUCGUCCCUCAGCCACCUGGGCAAGCAGACCCCCUCGCCCCGUUACUGGCUGCUCUGGCCCGGCGUCAUGGUCAUGGUGUGCUCUUCCAUGGCCGAGCUCUUUGUGCAGUACAGGGCCAUCUGGUCCGGUCUCAAGUCGGUGUGGAACCAGUCGUGCGCCGGCAUCAACAGCAUGCUCGUUGCCCGCGGCAAGUCGAGCGCCUUCUUUGCCAAGCACGGCUCGAACGAGAUCAAGGACGAGAACAUCGUCGAGGACCCCUUCCCCCCGGAGCAGCAGGUCAAGACGUGGAUGUGGGCCCUGGGUCUGCUCGUCACCUUGGUCGUUGCCAUGAUCAUCUUCCACUUCCAGUGGUCCACCCACCCGGGCCUGACUAUCCUUGCCGUUCUCCUUGCCUUCCUCUUCUCGUUCCUCGCCAUCCAAAUUGGCGCCGUCACCGACACGACUCCGCUGACCGCCGCCUCCAAGGCCUCGCAGCUGAUCUUUGGUGGUGCCACCUCCCACAGUGGCUACACCAUCCAACAGGCCCAGAAGAUCAACAUUGUCGCCGGAGCCCUCGCGUCUGGUGGUGCUGAUAUGGCCACUGCCCUGGUCAGCGAUUUCCGCACCGGUUUCCUUGUUGGUACCUCGCCCAUCAAGCAAUGGAUCGCCCAGUCCAUCGGCAGCUUCUGCUCCGUCUGGCUUGGCCCCGGUCUGUUUGUGCUCUUUACUUCCGCCUACCCCUGCAUCUGGCAGCCUGACCAGUCUGAUGAUGCCCACUGCCCCUUCCUGGUUCCCUCCGUCUCUGCUUGGGCUGCUGUCGCGCAGGCCGUCACCGAUCCCAACGUCUCCAUCCCGCUCAAGAGCGGUAUCUUUGCUAUCGUCAUGGGUGUCGUCUCGAUCAUCCAGGUCCUGGUCCGCCACUUCUUCCUGGUUGGUGAGCGCGAGAAGUGGCGCAGUUGGCUGCCCAACUGGGGUGCCAUCGCGUUGUCCUGGGUCAUUCCCGCUCCCGUCUUCGCCAAUGCUGCGCUGCUCGGCGCCAUCAUUGCCGCUCUCUGGAGGAAGUACAACAUGCGCACUUGGGAUAUCUACGGCUACGCCGUCGCUGCUGGUUUCAUCGCUGGUGAGGGUCUCGGCGGUGUCGUUGGUGCUAUUCUCACGCUGGCUGGCGUUGAUGGUGGUACCAAGGGUUCCAUGAUCGCUUGCCCUGCCGAUUCGUGCUAG